CAUCAAACGAUUGGAAACGUAGGGACGAGAGUACGUGGAGACGAUUCGCCUUUAAUACAUUUGAAUUAUUAAAUAAGAUUAAACUUCAUCAAGUAAUCACGACAAACAUCAUCCACAAAGCUUCUUCGUUAACGGUAUUGAGGUAGGAUAGGACAUGAGUUUGACAGCUGAUGAUUUUUAAAAUACGAUACGCAGAAGUUGAAAAUUUGCCAAAUGUAUAAAAUGUUGGCAAAAACUAUACUCACUAGUCGUUCCCUGGGAUAUGGCUCAAUUUUCGUUCGCCAGAGCUUAAGAGCGGUGAAAAAUGCCAAAUGUCUUCACAACUGCAAUCAAUCUCUCGUACCAAAGGUGUUGCUUUCUUAUCCAACGAUGCGAUUCGACGAUUUACAAAAGCGUAACAUGUUCAUCCAAACUCAAGAUACACCGAACCCAAAUAGCCUGAAAUUUAUACCCGGUGUCCCUGUGUUGGAGCCAGGGCAGACCCUUGAUUUCCCAACAGGAACUGACGCGUAUUGUUCACCACUGGCUAAAAUGCUCUUUAGGAUCGAAGGUGUCAAGUCUAUAUUCUUUGGUUCUGAUUUUAUCACCGUGACUAAACUAGACGACGAAGUCGAUUGGAAGAUCCUAAAGCCGGAAGUCUUUGCUACGAUAAUGGAUUUCUUUGCUAGCGGACUCCCAAUUCUCACUGAAGCACAGCCAUCUUCAGAUACAAAGAUUAACGAAGAUGAUGAUGAAACUGUUCAGAUGAUAAAAGAACUGCUUGAUACAAAGAUUCGGCCUACGGUGCAGGAGGAUGGCGGAGACAUCGUAUACAUGGGUUUUGUUAACGGUAUAGUAAAAUUAAAGAUGCAGGGUUCCUGCUCGAGUUGUCCCAGCUCCGUGGUAACGCUCAAAAAUGGAGUGCAAAAUAUGAUGCAGUUUUACAUCCCCGAAGUUCUAGGUGUCGAACAAAUUGAAGAUGAUACGGACCGCGUAGCGAAGCAAGAAUUUGAGAAACUUGAGUCCAAAAUUAAAACAAACACAACCAACAGCGAGCAGUGAACUCAUAGUUCUUUGAACGAGAUCUAUCAAUUUUUAGAAUAAAUGUAAUAUAUUGCUGAAAUAUUUAUACCUUGUGUAACACUACAGGUAUUUGUAAAUAGAACUUUCAUUUGUUGUAUAGGUAAAAA